GAUAUUGUCCAAUGAACUCAGUUGUAAGUUGUAGGGGAAUAGUCAACUCGCCCCACGUAGUGUGCCCCUUAAAUUCAUUGCAGCGAAGAUUUUGGUGGGGCGAGUUGCCCAGGGGCGAGUUCAAUAGUUACCAGGAAUGCAUCACAUGCUUUCAAGUAAACAUGGCAGCCCCAAGUGCACUUCAGCUGUGCAUUCUGUUUGGCGUAUUUCCUUUAAUAAUUUGUGAUGGCGCGAAGCUUUCGCCGCCAAAUAUUGUCAUUUUGUUUGCCGAUGACCUGGGAUUCGGAGAUCUUGAAACCUACGGCCAUCCAACUUCUGUCACACCGAAUUUGAACCAGCUAUCGGCAUCUGGUUUGCAGUUCAUGCAGUUUUAUGUUGCGUCUUCCGUUUGCAGUCCAUCCAGAGCUGCCUUAUUGACUGGUCGCUACCAGACACGGUCAGGUGUAUGGCCAGGGGUAUUCAUCCCUGAUUCCACCGGUGGUCUACAACACAAUGAGGUCACUAUUGCUGACAUGCUGAAGCCACUGAACUACAGUACGGCAAUCAUCGGAAAGUGGCAUCUCGGCGUCGGCCAAAACGGCGAGUACCUACCCACUAAUCAGGGCUUUGACGAGUAUUACGGGAUACCGUACUCCCACGACAUGUGCCCCUGCCCGGUCUGCUUCUACCCCCAUGACCACUGCUUCAAUGACUGCGACCCCGAGUACGCCAGCUGCCCGCUGUUCCACAACGGCACUAUCGUGGAGCAGCCGACUGACUUGCUGACCCUAGAGCAGCGUUACACCAACCACGCAAGGAAUUACAUCGCCACAAAUGCUAAGAGCAGGCGGCCUUUCUUUCUAUACUAUGCCUACCAGCACACCCACCACCCACAGUUUGCCAGCAAAGCAUUCCGGAACAGCACAUCAAGGGGGACAUUUGGGGACUCACUGGCCGAGCUGGACUGGAGCAUUGGUCAAGUUGUCCAGCAGCUAAAGGACAGCGGAGUAGCUGAUAAGACCUUUGUGUUCUUCACAGCUGAUAAUGGACCAAGUAUCUUGAACCAGAACAGGGGGGGCAGCGCAGGUCUCCUGAAGUGCGGUAAGGGUACAACCUACGAGGGAGGUCAAAGGGUUCCGGCAAUAGCCCUAUGGCCCGGGAAGAUCCAGCCGGGCCGCACCCGAGAGCUGGCAAGCAGCUUGGACCUGCUGCCUACUAUAGCUAACCUUACAGGGGCUCCCCUGCCUGCAGGCAAGGUGUUGGAUGGCGUGGACAUGUCUGAGAUCUUGUUUCAUAACAGGCCUAGUCAAAGAGAAACUUUUAUUUACUACCCAGAAAAUCCCAACCCUACGCUAGGCAUAUUCGCCGUGCGUUACAAGCAGUACAAGGCCCACUACUUCACUCGGGGUAACAAGCUCUCAGGGUCCACUAACAGGGACCAUGACUGCCGGGACAGCGCAAAGCUUACCCCCCAUGACCCCCCACUGCUGUUCAACCUGGACCAAGACCCUGGCGAGCGCUACGAUCUCAGCGCCGACCCCAAGUACAAGAGCCUUCUAGAGAAGAUCGCUGCCAUCAAGGGCAGCUUCGAGGCGGGCAUGACAUGGGGGAGGUCACAGAUCAACGGGACGAACCCCAGUGUGGAGCCAUGCUGCAGCCCCGGAUGCAGUCCCUUCCCAGCAUGCUGCAGAUGCAAAGGUUCAGGGAUCAAUUUCAUCCCCGUCUAAAUCCUUCCAUUUUUAAAAAAAAAUGUGCUCAAUUGGACCAGAUUUUUUGUCAACAGACCAGUGCUUGAGGAAGCUGUAGACUCAUGGAGGUACUUUUUUGUCCGAAAAGAUUUCUGAUUUUUGUUUAAAUACCUUUCUUUUGAUCCUUUUUUGUUUCCAUAGGAAAUUAGGACUUGACUCUAAACAGAACCGUGACUCCUGGGCCAAUGGGAAUUGAUUCCCACAAUGUUUGGAGUUUUCCAAGGCCCAAAACCUAAGAAUGUUUUCCGAAUUGUUGCCAAUAAUUUUUUUCAACAGUAGUUGUCCUAAUGUCUUCAUCAUUGCUCUGUGCGGUGAGAGCAUACGGCGAGCUCAUGUUUGGAUUGGUCUGUGGGUUUGGAGCUUUCUCAUUUUUCAGAACAGUUGUUGAAAUUUUUAAUUCGAUGUCGAGGUCAUUUGGGGGAGGGGGGCAGAUUUGCAUUUGUACAGACCCAGUCACUGGUGAUGUACCUCUUUACAGGCAAGACGGCCUCCCACUAGUCCUUAUGUACUCUCAUAUUUCUUUGAUAUCAAUUUUUUUAAACCAUCCUUGUACCUCAAGUGUAGAAUUGUGAGGUGUACUUUUUGACAUGGUUAGAUAACUUUUAAAAAAUCAUCAUUUUUUUAAAACCAAAUCAACUGAAAUCAGCCAAAUCACGAUCUCCAUUGGGCAAAAUUCAUCUAAACUGCAUUUUUUACAUUUUCACGAAGAGACAAAGUUGUCUUCCAAAGAUAAAGCAUUGGCAAAAAAAGGCAAAACCAUGGGCAAAACUGGUUUUGCCAUUUUCACAAAGAGACAAAUUGACUCCAGAAACAUACACAAAUGUAAUAAUUUUGCACCUGGCACCGGCUAUGGCAAAAGCAUGUUCUGUGUGUGCCGUUUUCACGAAGACAAGUCACACGAAAUUGUGUUUUUACGAUCAGACAAAUGUUUGUUUACAAAAUAAACAAUUUUCAUUGAUUUCUGUAAAUAUUAUUUUGUAGGUUUGUGUCAUUUAAGAUCCCCUCUUUCUUGGAGUAGCAUUGGUUCAGACAAAGAAACGCUGUAUUCUGGGCAAAUACGUGUGUUUGAAAAAGAGACCGCUUUCAAGUGUGAUUUUCUCGAAACCUAGUAUUUACGCAUAUCUCCAGUGAGACUUUUUUGUCUUAGUGAAAUGGUGAUGAAGUGUAGUGUUUAUAGUACUUUCUUCAUUUUUAUACUGCAAAGUAUUUUUUUCAUUUUUCCAUCUUGUUGAAUUUGACUUAGUCUAGUACAUGUACUCGAUAACUAUUGAUGUACCGUUGCAUUAUCUUUUUACAAUUAGUUUUUUCUGUACUUUGGAAUUUGAACGUGUUGAUAUAACAUGAGGUACACAUAUAGCAAUAUUUUGUUUGAAAGACGUAAGUAGGCAAAAAACCUUUUUCCUUCACCUUUCAGUAUUACCAUUUGAAAGCCGUAUAUGUUGGCUUGUACUGUUUGCCUGGAGUUCAACAAGGAUGUGUUAAUGAUUUUUUCUGACGUGCAAUGUUAUUUUAUGUGUUAUCCUUGAGAUUAUGUAGCAGUAAUCAGGAUCAUGUAGCAGUAAUCAGUAAUUACAGGGGCGUGUCAUGAUGAAAUUUUGCCAAAAGAGAGUGCAGGUUGACCUCAAAGUCAGGGGUUUUUUUGACAGUACAGGACUUCUUUUAACCAUAAAAGGGCUUUGAAAUGUGCAAGUAUUGUUUUUGGUAACAUUUUGCUCUGUAUACUGAGCUUAGCUCGUAAAAGGGAACUAUAUGAAUUUCAUACAAGAAAUCGUGUUACAAAUUGAGACCUGAAAUGUUUUUUGAAAGCCAAACCUCCGAUUACAAUUUAUUGUACAUUAUACUUUUAGGAAAUAAGCAAAGUGCUUGGCCAGAUAGUUCAAUGUUUUGAACCAAGACUUCAACAAAUAAGAGAACAAGAAGUCGCCAGACUUUAUACACACUAUAGAGGAUCUUUCUGUCUUGAGGGCAUUUACAAAUAUGAGGUACUGUCUUUUAUAAUAGAUUAAAAAACCGUAGCAGUUCCUUGUAACAACUUUCUUAGUGCUUCCACAACUCAUUAAUUCCCCAUUAUUGAGGAACCAUUUCCACCUUUGAUCCUUCAUACCACUUUUUGCUUUGAUAUUUUGUAUUAUGUGCAACAGUAGAAAUCGUGAAAGAUAUGAAUUUUUUAUUCUUCAGCUCUCAACCAUGGAGAAAUAAUGAUAAAUUGAAUUACAGUGUAAGUUAAUAUUAUUUUGUAUUUGAUGCAAAUUGACUUUGAUAGUUCUGUUUACUAAGAUGAAACUAAACCUCUCUAAAUAUGUAACAUUGUUUUGAAGUAGUCCUGUUAAUAUUGGGAGUGGUGGCUGAAUAUUUUAAGGUUGGCUCACAAUUAGUCUGAGUGCUUUGAGAACGUGUAAAUGAGUUAUUGUGGGGAUAAAUUCUUUGCAAUGUCAGCUGAAUGGUUCCUAUGUCACAAAAAUGUGGACGGCAACUUUCUUUUCACUU